ACCCAUCGCCUUUUUGCAUUCACUGUUCCCAGCUCUCCUCUCGCUCCUGGUCCCUUAACAGCAAGAGGGCCUGGGAACAUGUACAGGUCCUCCAUCCGUUUCAAUGAGAGGGAGCUCUCCUAUUAUGCCAUUAACAUCAAGCCUGACAAAGAAGGACUCCUCGAAAAGAAAGGAGCAGUCAGGGGUCAAGGUUAUCGUCAGAGAUGGUUCAGAUUGAAAGGAAACUUGUUGUUUUAUUUCAAAGUUGAUGAACUACAAGACUGGGAGUCUACUGGAGAUCCAGUGGGUGUCAUCAUUUUGGAGAGAUUUAGAGUCGAAGAUACUCACUCUGACAGUCAACCGUUUAGCUUUUCACUCUCAUUUGAGGGUGACCUGUCCAGAAUGUAUAGCCUGAAAGCUUUUUCACAUCAGGAGCAGAAAGGAUGGAUAGAGUCCCUUAGCUCAGCAAGUUAUGAGAAGUUAAAGUUUCGGAUGUAUGAGCUACGUGAGCAAGUGAAGCUCUACUCUCAGACUGAUACUGUGACUGUGAGUGUUUGUUGUUGACUUGUUGAUAACUUGUUUCAAUAUUUAUUGUUCUUUUACUACCUUUUGCUAU